CCUGGUGCCGGUGCCGGGGCCGGUGCUGAGGCCGGGCCUGGUGCCGGUGCCGGGGCCGGUGCCGUAGCCCCGGACGAUGCUGUUCUCGCUGCGCGAGCUCGUGCAGUGGCUCGGCUUCGCCACCUUCGAGAUCUUCCUGCACGGGCUGGCGCUGCUCGCCUUCUCCGUGCUGCUCGUUCUCAAGGUGGACGGCGCGGCCGCCGCGCUCUCCUGGUGGAUCGUGUUCGUGCCCUUCUUCGCCGCCGACGGGCUCAGCACCUACUUCACCACCAUCGUGUCCGUGCGGCUGUUCCAGGACGGCGAGAAGCGCCUGGCGGUGCUGCGGCUCUUCUGGAUCCUCACCAUCCUCAGCCUCAAGUUCGUGUUCGAGAUGCUGCUGUGCCAGAAGCUGGUGGAGCACACGCGGGAGCUCUGGUACGGGCUCAUCAUGUCGCCCGUCUUCAUCCUGCUGCAGCUGCUGAUGAUCCGGGCGUGCCGCGUGAACUGAGCCCCGGCCCAGGGGCUCUCCGCGCUCCCGGCGCUGCUCCGAGGCGGGCAGGCGGCACAGGCUGGCACAGCCUGGCACAGCCUGGCACAGGCUGGCACAGGGGCAGUGCCCCGGCUCGCCGCCGUGCUGCAGAGCAUCGCGUUGCUCCAAGAGCUGCGCAUCCCUGUUUGUGCUCUCUCAGCUCCUGCAUUGUCCUGCGCCGCGAGUGCGGCUGGGCGUGACAGUUAUUUUGCUUUAGAAUAAAAAAAAUGCGUU